CGUUCUUGUGCGGAGGGCGUCGGACUCCUGACGAAGUGGACGACAUCUGCUUGCCGCGUUUCCUGGACCCCCUGCUCUUCACGGGGGGCAGUCCGGGAAGCCUAGACCCAGGGACCAUCAACACCCUCCUUCACCUCACCAACCUGUCCGACGCCAUCCCCCAGGCGGACACGGGGCCUUCCUACCUGGACUACAACAACCCCAUCCACGUCCCCAGCGCCCCGGGUCUCGUGGCGCUCGCCUCCGUCAUAGAGGAGACCACGUCCACCUCCUCCACGUCUACAGGCUGCGUCUACUUCGACUGCCCUCCCCACGGCCGCCGUUUCCGCUGGCGGAGAGGGUGUUGCGACCGUGGCGCCUACGGUCUCGCAGGCCGUGCGAAGCAACCAGAGCGAACAGCUGUUGUCCUCGUCCAACAUCCACACCGUGACGGGUGACACCCCCACCAUCUAUGCCGGGUCAGCUGGUCACACUGACGACAACAAGCAGCAGCAAACCGGACUGUUCAGCGGCAUCAAGCUGCCCACUUUGCCCAACCUGAUCGAGUCCAUCAGCAACCUCAACUUGCCUCAACUCGGCCUCAACGUCAACUGGGGAAACAUUCCUGUUAUCGGGCGCCAAGACACAGGCUUUUUGGGCAAGUCGGGAAUCCUGGGCGCGGGCAAGCCGAUGAAGGGCCCGGACAUCAGUGAUCCCAUCUGGGUGGAUGGGCCGUCUAGCCCCCAUCCUCUGUUCCCGAACCCUCCCUCGCCUCCGCCGCCGAAGGAUGUGCCUCCUCCCUUAAUCCCCGACAAGAAUCCUUCGCGAGGGCCGCAUCCUGUGUCUGGCCCUGGUGCGUCCUUUGUCUUCCCAACGAGUCAGGGAGAGCGUUUGCGUCCCGGCGUCCCUGGCUUAGUCGUCCCCGUGACUCGACCCUCGAACAUCUGGGCUGUAAGACCUCAGCCCGGGGGUCAGCCCGGAGAUCAGCCCGGAGGUCAGCCCGGACGCCAGCCCGGACGCCAGCCCGGACGCCAGCCUGGACGUCCUAAGCCGGGGAGUGCCCAAGGCCCCGGCUCAGGCCAGCAGAAAAGGCCGAAUCAGGUGAGCUUCAGGCCUGGCAACCCCGUCCUGCCGUCCAUCACAUACGUUGGCCCUGGACCAAAUUCAGGGACACCUUUCCUGCCCGGACUUUCCAUCAAGCAACAGGGUCGUCCACUCCCUGGGAGGCCCAGCACCCAGAACCAGGGACCUGGUCGUGUCCCCCUGACCCCGCCCCCUGUCUCCUCAGGGUCUUCCCCACCGGGGCAGGCCACAGGGACCACGUGGCCAGGGAAUCUCUGGUCGCAGCCUGAGGUCAUAAAUCCUGACUCCGGGGUGUCCCUCUACCAGCCCAGGGAGCCCUUCCAGCCCUACCAGCCCCAUGACCCCAAUCACCCCAUCACGGUCGUCGACGCGCCCAACAUGUCGUCCAACAAGGGGGGGUCUCCAGCUGGCAUGCCCACAUCACCCCUCAUGCCCAUGGGUCCUCCAGUCCACACGUCACCAUCGCCUCCAGACAUGUCGCCUUCUGAGACGCAGAUGGUGGCAGACGGAGGAUAUCGCGGUCCAGACGCCGAGGACCAAAUGUCUAGAAGGCCGCAGACAGGCUUUCCUCCACAAGAAAAUGAAUCCAGACUGCCUGACGCCCUUCCUCCAUUCUCAGAUAGUUCCGGAAGAGGGAAAGACAGUCAGGGAAUGGCAGAGAGUCACGAUGGCUUUGAAAUACCAGUCAGUCAACAGAAUCACGAAAUAUCAGUGAUUCAUGAGGGCCAACAAAUACCAUUCAGUCAUCAUGGCCAACAUGCACCGGAGAUUCAUGAAAGUCAACAAAUCCCUGCCAGUCACCAAGGACACACAAAACCAAGCAACGACCAUGGCCAACGAAUGCCAGCCAAUCAUAUUGACCAACAAAUACCAUUCAGUCAUGAUGGUCAAAAGCCAACUAGUAAUCAUGGGCAGCAGAACCCAGGCAGUCCCCAAGGCCAACAAACGCCAUUGGAUAAUGAAGGUCAGCAUACAUCACCCCAACAAAACCCGGGAAAUCGCAACGAACAGGACAGAAUACCAGAGGAAAAGCUAAACUCCCCUGUGGCGCCCACACAGCCAGCAGAAACUCGGCCAAGACCCGUGAGACCGACCGACAGCUUGCCAAGCUCUCAGGGACCAGUUCCUCCUAAGGAAUCACUGAACGACCUCAUCAACCUUCUGUACGCAGCUGAGGCCGAAGUUCAACAACAGAUGCAGGGACGCUUUAUUCACAACGCCCUCCAUCAACACGCCAGAUGAAAUUCUACCGGUCAACCCAU